GUUCAGUCACUGGACUGUCUCCAGACGACCGGAUCGGUUGGACCAGCAGGAUAACGAGCGAUCGAUUCCUAUUCUUCUUCUUCAUUGUGUCGACCUACGGUACUUCGUGAAUCGAUCGUUGUUCGCUUGCCGCGCCGGACGAUGAGCCGAUCGAACGGUUUGCGAUCGCCUUGAAAAGCUGCAGGCCAAGAAAGCGACGCGGGAAAGCGGCGACGCUUCCGUGGGCGGGCAACGAAGCGCGACUGAAUGCUCGAUCGGCCAUCGAGAAGCAAGGAGAACCAGGACUCGAGGGACUCCUGACGAUCGACUCGCUGCGUCGGAAGUGGUUCGCGGAGUGUGCGCGCUACGUGUAAAUCUUUGACGCUGAACGUUGGAGUACAAUUUAUACGGGAAGCUUGGAUAAAAUAGUAUCACUCGAUGAUGCUGAAGGGUGUAAUAUUGCUGCUUCUUCAUUUAUUUUGCGAUAUCGCAUUGGCAGCACAAUGCGGAAAAGUAUGGCUGACAGUCUCCUCAUUGUGGAGACCAAUCGCUGCCAGCGACAAGGUGAUCGACGCUGAGCUCGAAGUAAAUUGGGAUCUCGAUUGUCCAUCGGGCACAGGAUACCCAGAUACCAUCAAGGUGUUCACUGCUGACCCAGCACAUAAUAAAACGGUGAAGCCUAAGCUGACUUUGACUUCGCUGCAAUAUCCACGCGGUUACUAUCGAACGAAUAUCACCGUGGGUCGUCCACCACUUCCGGGUGGAUGGGAUACCAAGGAUGGUGCGACGCUUCCUGGUCCACAUUGCCUGAAACACCAUGCUGCCCUUUACAAAGAUGGAGUCAUCCUUACCAGUUCCUGCUUACAAAUCUGGCCAACAUGGAUGUACGACUUGAGAAGGCAAUUAGGAAGGCUUCCGAUAGGAAGUUUAAUGAUACCGGGGACGCAUAAUUCCGGAUGUUACAAGCACGGUGACCUGUCGAGGCGGGACGCGUUUCAAAGAUACCUCUUGACACAGGAUCGCGAUAUAUGGACACAAUUAGUGCAUGGUAUAAGGUAUCUAGACAUCAGAGUUGGUUAUUAUCCAUCAAUUCCGACCGGCACUGCUAUCGAAGAGGGCAAUCACAUAAGCAGAUUCUGGAUCAAUCAUGAUGUCAUCCGGAUCACCCCUCUCUCGGCUAUCAUUAAAGACGUGAGAAACUUUCUGAACGUUGCUAGGGGAGAAGUGGUCAUCAUGGAUUUUCAUAGAUUUCCCGUGGGAUUUGAAGAUAGACCGAGUAGGCAUCGUCGAUUGGCCAUGAUCCUCUUGCGAGAAUUCGAAGGCUUGAUUCUAAAACCCGAUAGAGGGGUCGAAGGUCUGGGUCCGACCUUGAAUGAUAUUUGGACCGGAGGGAAACGCUUGAUAAUUUCCUACGGUGACAAGCACACCGUUAAUGAAUACGACUGGCUGUGGCCAACGCUGCCUCAAGCCUGGGGCAAUCAACAAACGGUGGAAGGGCUGUUCAAAUAUCUGGAGAAAGUUAUCAUGGCUCCGAAGAAGUCCCUGAACGGUCAAAAUCCAUUGUGGGCGGCAAUGGCGGAAUUAACACCGUAUCCGCUAGACAUAAUCUUCAAUUUAUCCGGCGGACUGCGGCAGAUGGCCGACUCGGUGAACAGAAAUCUCACGUACCAGUUUCAAGAGGAAUGGUGGAAAGAAGCGAACAUCGUCGCAACAGAUUUCUUCCUCGGAAAUAAUCUCAUUGACGUGUCGAUACAGGCGAACAUUAAGAAGAGCAACAUCGCCCAGUGGCGUUUGUAACGUGAUAGUAAAAUCGCAUACUCUACGAAGAUUUCACUUUAAUUAGAUGCUAUUUUCUUGGUGGGAGGAAAAGUGCGGAUCAUGUGAAGUUUUUAGAACUUCCUUUACAAAUGAUUCUAAUUCUAUUAGGUUGUCCGAAAAGUUUCUUUCGUUUUAUAAGGAAAUAGUAGACGCACAAUGUUUUUUGUUUUAUAUUAGUUUAUUCAAUUAUGCACGAACAUAAUAAUAGAAAUAGAACGAAAUGGAUCAUACCUAAUUCAAUAAAAUAAUAUAAAACAGAAAUUGUUGUUCAUCUAUUAUCACCUUAUGAAACGAAAGAAACCUUUCGGACAACCUAAUAAUUAAAAAUACGAUAACUGAUCGAAUUAUGUUUUGCAAUAGGUUUCCUAAGGCAUUUCUAGCGAAAGAUUUUGAAAUUUAUUAUUCGAUAGAACAUUCUAUGAAAAUAUUUAGAAAAAUAUAGGUGUUCAUUAAAUUUAUUUGAAUUAUUUAAACUGAUAAUUAUCUUUAAAAUGCGAAAGAUCAAAAAGGAGGAAGUAUAAGGAAGAAUAGAAAUGCUUAGGGGUUAAAGGGAUAAAAUCGGCAGUUAUUUCUUUUUAAAGAAUUAUAAAUUACUGAUUAAUGGUUUCUUAGUAGAUCGGAUUCAUCGAUUGACCGUGAUAAAGAAUCUUAGGAUAACUGUUGUAAGAGACAUGUACAUUAAAAGCUCUUAAAUGGAAGUAUCAAUACAUGUACUAACGAGAA